GGAGGUGUCUUCUUUUUUUGACAGGAUGUUUUCUCUUCAGAGAUCGCCCGUGAGCUUCAGACUCGGCAGCGCCGUGGGAGUGCGCUGAUCUGAGGCAGAGCAUGAGGUGAGGCGAGCACGUGCAGGGGAAGCCGGGGCGGAUCGCCCUCAAGCCGAGAUUCGACGUUUGCGUGCAGCCGAGGGCCCUCGAUGGAGACCAGAUUUUGACAAAAAAAAUCUCUGCGUUGUGCAAAGUGAGGAAGCCAUGACGGGGUUUUGCUGGACUGUCCUGAUCCUGGCGCUCUGCGGGACAUCGCUCGCCUCUCAGGGGGGAGACAUCAAAGAUCUGAAGCUGCAGCGGGUGUUCGUGGUGUGCCCCAACGUCACCGCCCAGGACGUUCUGUUCAAGCUUCUGAUCAACAAUGUGUCUGCGGCAAACGUCUCCUGCAUCACCGAGAACAAUACCCGCAAGUGCUCGUCCCUGCCCUCCAACGCCAGCGUGACGUUCCAGGACGAGGUCGCCUCGAUGGGGUUCGAGCUCCGAGGAGCCAGGGCGAAAGUUGACGCGGCCUACAAGUGUGAGGGCCACCAAAAAUUCCCUCCACCCUACAAACUGUCCCAACGUGAAAGCUGGUUCCUGGUCUUCCAUGAAGAACCCCGAACGGCUCCAACGGUCCCCCCAGAAAAAGACAGGCUACUAUGGAUGUGGAUAACGGUGGUCACGCUACUCAGCGCCUACAGCCUGGCCAUCACCAUCACCACAUUUGCCCUCUGGUUCAAGCUGAAUGACGUGGACUCCCAGAACGACUACGAGAACACCAAACCCCCGCCGUCCCGCAACCGGCCCAAAAAGAGAGGCCUCCAGAACCCCACGCCCAGAUACGUCUGAUCUCUCCACACCCAGCACUGAGACUUGCUUUUUGAUUUUCUUUGGAUUGUGAGAGUGUUUUGUUACUCUAGAAUUUGCUUCGUGUGCAGAAGUAGCUUUUGCGGUGCGUAGAAUAAAAAAAAAAAAAAAAGUUUUUUCUGGUUUGCUCACUUCCUGUCGCAGUGGCUCAUCGUUUCUGUGACACGUCUGCUGUUGGGAACCCCUUUCUUUGUGGCUGAAACAGAAGGUGGUGUCUCAACGGGGGGAUUUAACCACAUUCGAAAGGGCUUGUCUCUGUAAUUUAAAAAAAAAAAAAAAAGUAAACAAAAGCUUGAAUAAAAACAGAAAAGGUGCAGCUUUGUUUCUGCCUCGGUGAGGCUGCGGAUCUGCAGCGACGAGCUGCAAACGUUUCCUGUCCUCCUCCUCCCUUUUUUCCUCCCAGGUGUUUCUGCAGAAGACGGCUUCAAAGCCUCUCCACCGUCACCUCCGAUUCGAUGCUGCCUUCACUUGUGUGCAACAUAUCCUGCCAGGAAUCAAACUUUCUCAGAACAAAUCAAGAACUCCCACGACUCUGAGUUAAGAAAAUGACAUUCAAACGUCCUUUAAUGUGUUUCCUCGUUAAUUUAACACCAAAAUAACAACAUCUAAAGGGGUUCAGCCGUCUUUAGGUUCUGUUUCUGAGAAAAUCUGGCUUCUGAGGAGGUGGAUCGCCUCCUCGUCACGCUGUAGAUCCUGCUCCGUGACCUGCAGGACAUGAGAUUUAUAAAUGAACACAAAUGUCGGGAUUUAAGGAGGAAAAACCAGCAACACCGACGGGACGGAUCGAUGAGAAAACGGCUUUUUUAUGGAGUUUCUAACCAAUAAAACUACAAAUACGAUCUUUUUCUAACUGCGUAUUUUUCAUCAGCUCUUGAUUAACAACAAUAUACUUUCUCACCAGGACAGGAGUGUAUCCCAGAAUCCUCAGGUGACGGAUCUUGACGGCGAGGAGGCCGCGGGGGCGGGACGUACCGAAGCAAAAACUAGAAUAAGGCACGUAAAUGACAGCGACUCUAAAAGAAAAAAAAAAAA